AUGUCGCACUUGAGCAGCAAUUCUCCACCGGCGCUCUACCACAUACUGCGUUCCGUCCCGACCCACAACGAUGUUCUCGUCCCCGAGACUCUUCUGAAGAAGCGCAAGUCUCAGGAGAAGGCCCGCGCUGAGCGCACGGCUGAGCUCGAUGCCAAGAAGAAGACCGCCAAGGAGAACCGUGGCGUCAUCUUCAAGCGUGCCGAGAAGUACGUCAAGGAGUACCGUGAGGGUGAGCGCGAGAAGAUCCGUCUGGCUCGCGUCGCCAAGCAGGAUGGCUCCGUCUAUGUCCCGGCUGAGGACAAGCUCAUCUUCCUGAUCCGUAUCAAGGGUAUCAACAAGAUUGCCCCCAAGCCCCGCAAGAUUCUGCAGCUUCUCCGUCUGCUCCAGAUCAACAACGGUGUCUUCGUCCGUAUCACCAAGGCUACCGCCGAGAUGAUCAAGGUUGUCGAACCGUGGGUCGCUUACGGUUACCCCAACCUCAAGAGCGUCAAGGAGCUCGUCUACAAGCGCGGAUAUGGAAAGGUCAAUAAGCAGCGUAUUGCGCUUACCGACAAUUCCAUCAUUGAGGAGAACCUCGGCAAGUUUGGUAUCAUCUGCAUGGAGGAUCUCAUUCACGAGAUCUACACUGUUGGCCCCAACUUCAAGCAGGCUGCCAACUUCUUGUGGCCCUUCAAACUGAGCAACCCCACUGGUGGUUUCCGCCCGCGAAAGUUCAAGCACUUCAUCGAGGGUGGUGAUCUCGGCAACCGGGAGGAGCACAUCAAUGCUCUCAUCAGACAGAUGAACUAA